AUGUCUCUGGCGAAAGCCCUACAUGCCGUUGUCCUGUUGUCCAAUGUCGCAGAUGGAGCAGCUAUGAAAAUCCCUAGAUCCUCUCCUGUAGCUCAGAAGCUCACAAACCCCCACCACGGCCCUGUACCAGGAGAAAGUCCUCUUUACAGUACGUAUCGAGGGAAAUCGCCGCCAUUUCCGGCCAACGUCACGGAUCCAAUUCUGCCAACCAGAAAAGGCAAGCCAGGCGUGGAUGAUAUGAUCUGGCAAAAUCUCCUCUCCGCCGAAUGGGCUAUUUUUUCAUUCUACCAGCAAGGAGAGAUCCGUGAUAAUGAGGCUGGCCACCUGCGUAUCUUCCAAGAUCAGAUUUCGGACACGUCGUUGAAGCCUGGAUCUUGCAAGUACCAGUACCCGUUCAAUGAUCCAGAGUCAUUUUUAGUGCUGUCCACUUUCAUCGAGAUCGCCAGUAUGACUUUCCUCACUGGCCUUGUCCAGAUGGCCAAGCUUCCAACCUCACAAGGCGCCAUGACGGCUAUCGCAGCGGUCGAAACACGACACGAAGUAUGGUCUCUGAUGGACAUUUGGAACGUUAAUCCUUUCUCUGGACCAUCGGACACCGUCUUCCCAUACGCCAACCAGAUCCUAGACUUGACCAAUGGUUUCGUCAUUAAAGGGAGCUGCCCCAAAGAGAAUCCAAUCUACCCUAACCCACGUCAAGGUCUUCCAUCACUCAACAUAAGCCCUGUGCAUAAGACAGUCACACCUGGAAGCACCAUUACCUUCAAGUUCACGGAUAACGACAAAUUGCCAAAAUUCGAAAAGUAUCAUCAAUACUACACGACCUUUUUUCACGGACCGUGGAUCAUAGCGAUCCCAAUCGACAUGAGAGAUUGGCCCCAGAAAAAUAUAAUUGAUGUGAAGAUUCCGGAGGCUUUCGAGAGUAGAGGAAUCAUAAUCGCUGUUGUGACGGAUACUGUUGGAGCACCGACAAAGGAUACGGUACUAGCAGGCCCUGCUAUUCUUCUUCAGCAGCCAGCCGAGCUUGGAGCCAAAGUCGCCGACAUCGUUUGA